AUGACCAAGCUCUUGAUGAAGCAGCAAGCACCGAGACAACGACUUGUCAAACUGCAGCACGCUAUCGAUACGAUCGGCAAGGCAGACCGCAAGUGCAUUUGCAUUGCUCAUCACUUGUCGCUUUUUCUUUGGGCUGCCAUUGUGUAUAUAUUUAGGGAGGCGCGCCGCGGGGCUGAGGUUGAUGUGCAGGUUGCGCCGCAUCGACUUCCUCGAACCAACCAACCACCGAGGGUUUCACCCGGGUACGAUGUCACUAUUUUCCACUUUGCCCGUUCUCUGUCGAUCGAGGCGAAGCUGACAAGCUGGGGAUGCUGGGCCGCCAAGGCAAAAGAGGCAAAACGCCUAUCUCCGGCGGCGGCGGCGGCGCGCACGUCCAAGUGGUAG